GAUGGUCUGAAAUUCAUUUGAUCGUCUCCGUUUCUCUGAUUUCGCUCUGUAAAAUAUUCCAUCUCUGCCAUGUCAAGGGGCGAGAUGGACCAGCUGACCUCCGGAGCGAGCAAUCGGAUUAUUCCGAUUUUCAAAACUCUGAGGACUUCUCUCAUUUUCCUCCACACCUUCUUCCUCUCUCUGCUUCUCCUCCUCUGGCCUCGCCGCCGCCGUUCUCCGGCUGCGUCAACGCCUCCGGCUCAGUCCUCUGUCAAGAAGAGGCGAUUGGUAUGGCGGAUGGAGGAGGAAGAUACCCAGCGACGGAGGGCGUUGGCUGAGGUCAUCGAAAUGGGCGAAAACAUCGGAGACGGGGGGUUUCAUGGCCGUUGGAGUACCUCGUUGUUCUAUGGCGUUAAGAGAAACGCGCUGUUUUGCCGCUCCUGGUUGCCGGAAUCCGGUGAAUUGAAGGGUAUUUUGAUCAUCAUCCAUGGGCUUAACGAGCACAGUGGAAGAUAUGCUCAUUUUGCCACCCGAUUAACCUCUUGCAACUUUGGCGUUUAUGCAAUAGAUUGGAUAGGCCAUGGUGGAAGUGAUGGAUUACAUGGAUUUGUCCCAUCUCUUGACCAUGUUGUUGCUGAUACUGGGGCAUUCUUAGAAAAGAUUAAAUCUGAGAACCCUGAAACACCAUGCUUCCUCUUUGGACACUCCACGGGAGGGGCCGUUGUUUUGAAGGCCGCUUUAAGCCCUCACAUAGAGAAAAUGGUGAAGGGAAUUAUACUGACUUCGCCUGCAUUGCGAGUUAAACCCGCCCAUCCUAUUGUCAAGGCUCUAGCUCCAAUCUUUUCCAUAGUGAUUCCAAAGUUUCAGUUCAAAGGUGCAAACAAGAGAGGCAUUCCAGUUUCAAGGGACCCUGCAGCACUCGUGGCCAAAUACUCCGAUCCAUUAGUAUACACCGGACCGAUCAGAGUCCGAACAGGCCACGAGAUCUUGCGGAUUUCAUCAUACCUGAUGCAAAACCUCCAGUCAGUCACCGUCCCGUUCUUCGUUCUCCACGGGACAGCCGACAAAGUCACGGAUCCUGUAGCAUCCCAGGAUCUGUACAAUGAGGCAGCUUCUGAGUUCAAAGACAUAAAGCUGUAUGAAGGGUUCUUGCACGACUUGCUGUUUGAGCCUGAGCGAGAGGAGAUUGGCCAGGAUAUAAUCAAUUGGUUGAUGAAAAGGCUAAAUGCCAACAAAACUCUUGCAAAAUGAAGAACACUUUCAGGGUCUUAGUUUAUUGUGUUUGCUCUAGUGGCUACUAAACUUGUAUAUCUUAUAGACUAACUUUACUUCUCAUAAUAAUUAGGUCCUAAUUAGUCCUUCGGUCGA